AGAAAAUAAAAGAAAAAACGAUAACCUUUAAAAUUGGCUUUAAAGCGCAAAGGCAGCAAGACACACGCCAUUUAUAAAUAUGCAAGCAAAUAUUAAAAUCAUCUCCAUAUCCUCGUUUUGCUAAAUCCCUGAAUCUCUCCAAACUCUCUCUAUCUUUCUACUAUGGAUCCUUACAAGUAUCGGCCGGCGAGUUCUUACAACUCUCCAUUCUUCACCACCAACUCUGGCGCUCCUGUAUGGAACAACAACUCCUCCAUGACCGUUGGACCCAGAGGUCCUAUCCUUCUUGAGGAUUACCAUCUCGUCGAGAAGCUUGCCAACUUCGACAGGGAGCGUAUUCCAGAACGUGUGGUUCACGCAAGAGGAGCCAGUGCAAAGGGUUUCUUUGAGGUCACGCAUGAUAUAUCUAACCUAACGUGUGCAGACUUCCUCAGAGCUCCAGGUGUACAGACACCGGUCAUUGUCCGUUUCUCCACCGUUAUCCAUGAACGUGGAAGUCCCGAGACCUUGAGAGACCCUCGUGGCUUCGCAGUCAAGUUCUACACCAGAGAAGGGAACUUUGAUCUUGUCGGAAACAACUUCCCUGUCUUCUUCAUCCGCGACGGGAUGAAGUUCCCUGACAUGGUCCACGCGCUUAAACCAAACCCUAAAUCUCACAUUCAAGAAAACUGGAGAGUCCUUGACUUCUUCUCACACCACCCUGAGAGCUUGAACAUGUUCACUUUCCUCUUUGAUGACAUCGGUAUCCCGCAAGAUUACAGACACAUGGAAGGCUCAGGUGUCAACACCUACAUGCUCAUCAACAAAUCCGGAAAAGCUCACUACGUGAAGUUCCACUGGAAACCCACGUGUGGAGUCAAGUCUCUUUUAGAAGAAGAUGCAGUCCGUGUAGGAGGAACCAACCACAGUCACGCCACACAGGACUUGUAUGACUCCAUUGCUGCUGGAAACUACCCUGAGUGGAAGCUCUUUAUCCAGGUCAUUGAUCCAGCUGACGAAGACAAGUUCGACUUUGACCCACUCGAUGUCACCAAGACCUGGCCUGAGAAUCUUUUGCCUCUCCAACCCGUUGGUCGUAUGGUGUUGAACAAGAACAUUGAUAACUUCUUUGCGGAGAAUGAGCAGCUUGCCUUUUGCCCUGCUAUCAUUGUUCCUGGGAUACAUUACUCGGACGACAAGCUGCUUCAGACGCGUGUCUUCUCUUAUGCUGACACUCAGAGACACCGUCUUGGUCCGAACUACCUUCAGCUGCCAGUUAAUGCACCCAAAUGUGCUCAUCACAACAAUCACCAUGAGGGGUUCAUGAACUUCAUGCACAGGGACGAGGAGGUAAACUACUUCCCAUCGAGGUAUGAUCCUGUUCGUCAUGCUGAGAAGUAUCCAACUCCACCUGCUGUCUGCUCUGGGAAACGUGAGAGGUGUGUUAUUGAGAAAGAGAACAACUUCAAGGAGCCUGGAGAGAGAUACCGUUCCUUUACACCAGAGAGGCAAGAACGUUUCAUCCGUAGAUGGAUUGAAGCCUUAUCUGACCCCCGCAUCACACAUGAAAUCCGCAGCAUCUGGAUCUCUUACUGGUCUCAGGCUGACAAAACUCUGGGACAGAAGCUUGCAAGCCAUCUGAACGUGAGACCAAGCAUCUAAAAUGGGUGAACAAGAUUCUUGAUUCGUCCUUGUGUGGUUCUAAUAGGCAGAGAAAAAAGAUGGGAAGGGAUCAGACCCUAUAAAUAUAAUCUUCGUCAUGUGGCUCCUAUGUUGUAUGUUGUAAUAUUAUCUGUUUAAAGACUUAAAAAAAACCUUGUGUGUUGUAUUGUGACCUUAGUUUUUGUCUCAUGUUCUUUAGAAUAAUACAUCAAAGAUUUAUAAUA